UCGCUCCUUCUUCGUCUGAAACCGAAUAGACCACGCGAAUCGACUUUUUUCUCAUGGCUUCUUAAAAUUUUAAAUAAAAUAGCAACAAUCAAUGUUUUAUAAACUAAUUGUGCAAAUUAUUCAACUCCAGCUAAAGUUAUUUUAAUUUAAAAGCAAGGACCAACGAAUUUUGGAUCAUAAACCUUGGAAGUCAUUGUGUUUCUUCAACUGUCAGCAAGUCACCAAACGCAAAUCUAAGCAAAAAAAGAAAGAAAGAACGAGCGAGCGAAAACCACUUAAACGGCAAGAGGGGCUAAAACCAAAGCCAAAUUUGUAUAAAAUCUAGAAAUCUUUGAAACAUCAAUCUUCACAGUUUUCUUUAAAAAGUGAUUAGUGUAUUAAGUUUAUAAUUAAUGUGUUUACCAAAUAUAAGCAGAGAUAUUGCGGAUGACAUAUCUACCAGCGUCAUAUUCGUCAGGAUUUCAUAAGGAAAAAUUUAAUCAAAAUAUGAAAUUCAAUAAAUCACAUCGUAAUAUUUAAAAAAUACGAGUUAAGAAGACGCCAAAACUCCAAGCUCUAGGGGGUGCGUGUGUGCAUGCAUGCGUCAACAGUGUAACCUCGCUGCGCUGUAUGGGAAUUACAAUUAAAGGUGCUGCCUGUGUUUAGAUUUCAGCACAAGCAGAUAUUUCGCAAUAUAUACAUUUAAUUUAUCAAUUAUUUCAAUUGUUGAUAAAGUAUAGAUGAAAAUGUCGGAAUAUGGUCUGGACGAAGACAGUAGUCCAUCCCAACAACAGAUUGGCGGUGAAGCACACAACCUCAGCACAGACGAUCCAACGAAUGCAGCUAACAAUUCAAUAAUUGGAAAAGUAAAGUCCAGAGUAUCUAGCAUUUUGCCAAAUAGUUUGUCAAAGUGGUUUUCACCUUCUUCGAAAGUGCGUAGUGAAGAAUUAAAUGGUAGCUUAAACUGUAAUGCAACCACCACCAGGAGAAAACGUCGCAUAGAUAUCGAUGACGAUGAAGAUGAGGAGGAGGAAAAUGAGAAUUACGUUGAAAGGCAAGCAAGACGGGGAAUACAUGAGGAGAAUCAUAAUAUAAGGUGUAAAAUGGAAGAAAAUUCCGAAGCUGAAGAGGAUGAAGAGGACGACGAUGAUGAUGAUAGUCAAAACAGUGAGGAAGAAUAUAAUGCAACUGUAGCAGCACAAAAAACAAGGCAUGACUUGUUUGGGCGACAGCCACCUGCUAAAAGAUCCCGUCUUCAAAUCGAUAUGCGAGACAGCCCCUUGAUUGCACCUCGAAGACCAUUGAUAGCAUCCACUCCAGCUGUAGCCAGUACGUAUACACGUAAUUCGAUUGGCACUACCUCAGCUUCACGUUCAAGUUAUCAACGGUACACACAUUUAAACCUAUAUGGAAAUCAAAGCAAAAAGGAGCAGGCGUAUAAUUUUAAUAUACAAAAGGAUACAGCAGCCCCGAAAAUUAAUACAGAUAUAAUUGACUUAAUAUCACAACCACCUAAUGAAAUCGAAGAAAGACUUGCGGCUAAUUCGGAUAUAUGUAGCCGAACUGCAAGAAGCUCUCGUAAAAGUUUAAAUAUACCAACUUCUGCAAAUCGAUCGGUAGCAGAUCGUUUGCUUGCGCCAGCUACCCAUUUGAAGAGGCCAUCAUUGUCAUCGGCUACCUUGGAUACAAUGCUGCCUAGCAAUCCAGUUGGCACUCCUCCCAGACGUACAUCAACUACCAUACACGAAGUCAAGGAAUCUGUAGAACACAGCGCACUGGGCGAAGCGGAUGACGAGAACAAUGAACUUAGCCAUAAUGGUCAAUUAUUGAAUGAAGAACCAAACGAGCCAUCCUGUUCGAAGAGAGCCAAAAGACAAAAUCACAUAAAUGGUUCUGGUUUUAAUAAUCCACGAAGCAUACCCGAAGAAAACGACGCUAUUUUAUUGGACACUGCCUCAGAAAGCAGCGAAAGUGGUACGACAGAGUUAAAUAAAUCAAAACAUGAGCGUAAGACUGGUCUCUUUAAUACUUCAAUUGCCGGUACUGGAACUACUCGUAAUAGCAGUAGAACAUCAUCAUUUGGUAAUGGUUUGAAUUUCUAUUCUCAUUUAGAAGGAAAGAAAUCAUUAUUUAACUCUGCCUCUGGUCAUGGCAUGUCAAAUCAGUUAAACAAUUCUACGUUGUCUCUUAACUCCCUAAAUCGCCGACAAUUUAAUGCUUCGAUUUAUGGCAGCACAUCGGCAUUGAGUGAUAGUCGUUUGUUGAAUACAUUUUCGCCUUUUUAUAAAGGCAAAACUACAUAUGGUGGGGCAGCAGCGUAUAACAAAUAUACGGCUGGUGCAGGCGCCAGUGCUGUACGUAUAACCCCCACACUGAUUAGACCCGCAUCGAGUCUUUCCACUCUCUCAUCAUCGAAUAAUUCAUUAUCCACCGCUGGUAUAGGAAACCCUCAACAAAUUGGCGAGAUUUCAAAUAUAUCAUCUACUGCUAAACGCAUAUUGGAUUUAAUCAAUGAUUUUGCCACACCCUUAAGUGAGGCCAAGAAAAUGGCAAGUACCAUCAAGACAAAUGCUUAUCUGCCACCUCAAGCAAAAUCCCGAUUAAAUGACUCUGAUUUGAAUGCUUCACGUGCCAUGCGUUUGUCCCAAGUGCGUACACCCUAUGCCCGCCCGGCGGUGAUUUUACAACCCUCAGGCAAUGCAAAUAUUGGAAGUCGUGGCAGUACUAUGUUAAGUGGGCCAACGCCACCUGUGAGGGAGCUACAGGUUCCCACAAUGUCACAGUUAUUGCAAAUGAAGAAGAUACAAAAUAUGACUGAAAGAGCCAGAAAAAUAACACGAGAUUCGUCUGCGACAAAUGCCGAAGUAGUUGAAUACACAUUGCCUGUAACUACGAAAACUGCAGAAAGUGCGAAAGUUGCUGCAGUAGAAGACAGUGGUGGUAGAUCUAGUGGUGCGUCUGAAAAACAACCACAACCACAACUUCAACAAAAGCACACAAAUAAAAUAAAAAAUAAAAUAACGACUACAAUGCGAGCUUCGGUGGCAUCAAAAGACAUACACGAUGAAGCACCACCGCCCACGUUAAAUUUGCCAAAUAUAGCUUUCCCACUUAUGCAAUCUGUACCCAAAUUCGAUAUACAAUUUUCGACGUCGCCCACUUUAACGUCAGCUACGUCACAUGCGAAUAGCGUUUCCACAGAAGGCGGCAAAACAACUCCAAAACCUUUGUCAUCAAAUAUAAGCCAAAUUGCAUUUAAUACGAAACCAAUUUCAACAACAUCGGUGGAUUCGGUAGGGAAAAAGGAAACUACAACAACAAAAUCCUAUAACUUUGGUAGUGGUGUUUCAACGUCGUCUGCACCCACAACCACGUUAAAUUUCAAAUUUUCCGAACCUUUGGUAGUGAAAGGACUGAACACUCCUACGCAAAACAUAACUCCUUCUAAUUUAGAUAAUUAUAAAUUUAGUCCUCCAUUGGAAGUUACACAGUCAAUGACACCUACUAAAACAACACCACUACUGAAACCACAACAACCUCAACUUAAAUCUGGCUCUUGUCUGGACGUCUUAAACAAACCACUGGCAUUGCCCGGCAAUUCAAAUAAAACAACUACUGAGUCCUCAACAUCAGCAUCGUUAUCUUCGAAUUCAUUUGGUGAUAAAUUUAAGAAAGCCUCCAAUGAAUGGGAAUGUGGCACAUGUAUGAUACGCAAUAAGGCGGACCUGCCUAAAUGUGUAGCAUGUGAAACUCCACGCAAAUCUGACCCAACCCCAGUCAGUGAGAGCAAUAUAUCGACUUUCGGAGAUAAGUUUAAAAAAUCGUCCUCCGAGUGGGAGUGCGAUACGUGUAUGAUACGAAACAAGCAGGAAAGUAUUAAAUGUGUGGCUUGUGAAACUCCCCGCAAAGGAUUGAGUUCUUCAACGACUAACAAUAUAGCCGUGUUGCCGCCAAUAAAAAAUACAUUUGGUGAUGCCUUCAAACCGAAAUCAGGCUCAUGGGAAUGCUCCACUUGUUUAAUUAGCAAUAAGAGCGACUCAAAUGAGUGCGUUGCGUGUCAAACAAAAAAACCAGGUUCGUCAAUUUCCAGCAGUGGUAAUACUACAACAACGGCGACUACAGCUGCUCCAUCUGUAUCUACAUUUAAAUUUGGAUUCUCUGCGGCGCAAACAACUAAUGUACCAACAACUACCGACGCUGGCUUUAAGAAUAUCGCGGCUCAACAAAAAGCUUCAAAAUGGGAGUGUGAUGCUUGUAUGACACGCAAUGAUGCGGAGCGAACGAAGUGUGCUUGUUGUGAACAGCCGAAACCCGGCUCGGUGGCAACAGAAAGCUCAUCUUCUACAACAAAAUUUACGUUUGGAGCAACGGCUGCUGCCAAGUUUAGUUUUGGCUUUGGCCCGGGCUCAAAUGCACCAAAGGAAGAUGAACUACGAAAAGAUAAAGCUGUUGAUUCAGUGGCCAAAAAUGCCAUGUCUAUAACAUCCAAAGCUGCGAACAACAACACCACUUUACCUACGUCUGGUUUUCAAUUUGGAUUUAAACCGACUCCUACUCUGAACACGGAAAAUAAAACGGACGAAAUGGAUACUAAGAACACCAAAAGCUCUGUGGCAACCUCAAGUUCUACAGUGUUGAAGGGCUUUCAAUUUGGCAGUGUGACUGAGACAACAAAGAAACCUGAGGUCCCGUCAACAACUGCUACCACAUUUGUAUCGUCAGGUUUUAAUUUUGGUACCAAGACGAGCAAUGCGCCAACAACUACAACCACAACCGCAACAACGUCAACAUCAACAUCUGUGAAAAUGUCUAAGCCUGCUGUAAGCUCGCCAAGUGUUAAGUUUAAUUUGCCUACAACUGGGACCACAUUCAGUUUUGCUUCUAAUUCAUCAUCCGCAACUACUGGAGUUGUUAGUUUUGGAACUAAGCCCGCUGUUCCCGCUCCAACAGACGAAAAGAAGUCAGAAGGUUUCGCAUUUAAGACGCCAGCAGCUGUAUCAUCGUCUACCACAAGUAACACCGGCGCUUCAUCGGGCGGAUUUACGUUUGGUUCGCCAGCUGCAUCAUCAUCCACUGCUAUCACACCAGCUAUAACUAGUAGUACAUCCACAACGCCUACCACAACAGCGUUGGUAAAACCAAUGUUUAGUUUUGGAACAUCAAAUACAACUCCAGCGACAUCAUCAGUUGUUGCCACAACCACUACGUCGUCUGGCGGUUUUGGAAGUUUCAGCUUCGGUGGCAAUAACACACCCUCUACGGCUGUUAAGCCCUUAUUUGGGGCUGUAACGUCUACAACAUCGACAACAACUUCAGCUUCUUCAAAUACAAGUACAAAGCCUGCCGCCACAACAAAUGUAUUUGGGUCGUUUGCAGGAACAACCUCUGCAACACCAACAUUUGGUUCCUCCUCUGCUAUUGCUAAUCCUGCCAAUAAUUCAACAGCUGUUAGUUCCUCCACCAACAGUUCCAAUAUGAGCGUAAAUAAUGCUACUCCUACAUUUGGAACAUUCGGAGUGGGUAGUAAUUCAGCCAACAAUACAACGAAUGUAUUUGGUUCCUUUGGUAGCAGCAGUACCCAAUCAAAUUCAACCCAAAAUAAACCCGCGGCAGCAACAGCAGCAGCAGCAGCACCACCACCAGUCUUUGGCAGUGUUGCUUCCAGCAACACCAAUACUGCACAUGGAGCAUCGCCAAGUACGAACGCAUUUGUUUUUGGAUCGGCCACAAAUACAGCAGUCACAGCAAGUGGUACAUCGUCAUUUAGUAGUGCAGCAGCAAAUACCUCCUUCGGAUCAAAAAAUACAUUUGUUUUUGGUUCACCAGCCCCACUGCAAUCAACUACAGCAACAACUGCUCAAAAAGAUGCACCCAAACCUUCAUUAUUCGGCGCAUUUGGCAGUGGAGGUACAGCAAUUACUUCAAAUCAGGCAACCACUUCCAUUUUUGGUAGCCCCGCCUCUUUUGCACCAGCAACUGCGGCAACUUCUCCUCCACCAGUUUUUGGCAGCAACAAUAGUAGCAGUAUAGUUACAACAACAAAUCCCAGCACUAACCUAUUCGGUAUGAAUUCAGCGCCAGCGCCAGCGCCCGUUACAAACAUAUUUGGUGCGAACCCAAGCGGCAAUGCCGCAACACCAGCGCCCGCUUUCGGUUCUUCACCAUUUGGUGGUGGUGGUUCAGCAUCAUCCACAAGUGCCACACCAACAUUUGGCAGUACAGCAGUAACGGGAUCCGCUACAUUUGGUGGCUUUGGAGCAACUGUUGGAAAUACCACAAACCCAAGGGCAGAAGUAAAGAAAAUAGAACCAGCUUUUAACUUUGGAUCAGCUCAGACAACACAGCAAAGCGUCAGUGGAGGAUUUAAUUUUGGAUCGACCUCAGCCCCAACAAAACCUGCUUUCAACUUUGGUAGCACUGGAGCAGCACAACCCACGUUUAAUUUUACGGGGUCAUCAGAGAAUUCAGCGAAACCCUUUCAAUUCGGCGCAAUACCAUCGGCACCAGUAUUUAAUUUUGGCGGUGGUGCGAUAGAGACAACUCCAAAUGCUCCUUUCCAAUUUAAUGCAGGAGCCGCUCCUGUAUCUGAUAAUAUAUUCGCACCUGCGCCAACGCCAGGAGCUCAAACAGCACAACAAGCGAAAAGAAAGAUAAGGGCACCCAUAAGACGUGUUACUCAACGGUAGAGAAUUUGAUCAAAUCAAACGCUCUUAAAAGCGUGGACCAAAUACAACAACAACAACAAUUACCAUUGCAACAACCAGAAGGACACAAGCAAAUAGGAGGACAACAAAGCUUAAAACCGGAACUUGACAGCAACAAACUAAAACUAGCACCAAUACCAACACAUACAACAACAACACAGCAUUCAAAAAAAUUACUACAGUUAGACGACGACAAUAACGUUAAACAGGACAACAGGACACAUAAUUCCGAUUUUGACAGUAAGACCGUAAACCAUGUUGCCAGUAGCAAAUAUACAAAACCACAACAACAGAACAACAACAAAUUCCAUAUCAAUAACCAAACCCUAGGGGGUAUAAAUCACAAAGGCCAAUUAAACGAAAAUGUCAAAAAGCAACAAAAAAAUAACAUUGUUUUAAACAAAUAUAAACUUGUAAGAAAAAUAAAUUUCUCAGAAUCCAAAAAGGAUGUUGCAACAUCCGGUUCUAAGCAAAUUUCUGAUAAUAAAAACCCUAUCACCGGCCAAGAAUCUCUUACAACAAACAGAAAAUUGCCUACUGGGGACAAGUGGAAAUCCAAAACAACAAAUCAUUCAAAUCUAAAUGAAGUCACCAAACCUGCAACAGUAGUUAGGCAGGUUAAAAGAAAUUAUAUGAACAUAGUAAAAGGUACCAAUUAUUAUUCCAAAAUUAACACUAACACUGGAAAGGAGCGGGCAGUGGGACAGCAGCAAUAUGACGUUGCCCCCUCCGUGUAUCAAACAGCAGCAGCAGCACAAUUACCUUCGAUUAGCAACAAGAGUAACACCAGUGUCCAUCAAUGUCCGUCCGUUUGCAAAAAUAGCAUAGGUUUUUCAGGACGACGCGUCCGUAUGGUUACUAGCGAGAAAAAGUAGCACCACAAGUAUUGGCCGAGAAAAGUAGAGAUAGAUAUCAAUUACAUUCUUUCUCACUAGAGCACAUGCAAUACUUUUCUUACUUUCACAAUGCUUUAUCCACCUUUAUUUUUCAUUAUUAACAAAUAUACGCAACAUGUUGCUGGCAACACAGUCGUAACGAAUUUUUGGUUUAAAGCACACUCAAAACAAACACAUCCUAGACAAGAGAACAAACAACAUCUAACUAUGAACUGUACUACAGACUCUAAGACGCAGACUUGAAAUAUAAAUAACAGAGAAUUAAUCUAAGCAAAAAUAUAGGCUAAUUAAACAUACAAAUCAAUUUUUUAUGAUCGUAAUCUAAAGAUAACUCAUCAGUUCUUCAAAUGAGUUCAAGCAAACGAUGAGAUAGUUAUCCGUGUCCACGUCACCAACGUACGUACGUCUAUGUCAAUGUUUUUUUUUUACACAGAAUUUCUUCAUGUGCCUAUUGUGAGUGUCAACAACAUCAAAAACAAGCAGUUGAAAUUGAAACAAAACAAAAAUAACAGAUUGUACGGAAUGUCUUCAGAAGUGGUUUUCCCUCGACAUCGGCAUCGUGAUUAUCGUAUGGAGAAAGAGAAAACAAUAUCUUCUUCUUUAUAUAUAUAUAAAUGCAUAUAGAAUUCAAUUGUUUCUAUUAAUUUCAUUUAUUAAAGUUUCCUAGAAAUUGUUAAUUUUUGUAAGAAAAAUUAUAAGUUGUUUAUUUUGAAUUUGCAUUUUGGCAAAGUAACAACAGCGUUAGCGUCAGCGUCAGUCAGCAUCAAAACAAAAAUAUAGAUGGGGCGACUCGGUCUCUCGAAUACUAUUUUCCAAACCGAAAGGUGGUGAAAUUUGUGAAACGCUGCAUUGACGCAAAUCCAAAAACAGAGAAAUCAAUUCAAUAAAUUUCAAUUUAAGUAUACUAUACCUAAUAUUUUAAAAUUUUGUUAUGAAAAAGCUCUUAUUAAAUAUUUUUUAUAUAUAUUUAAAAAAAAGUAGAUUGUUUUCGUCUUUUCUAAUUUCAUCAUUGAUUAUUCAUAAAUAUCAAAUUUGUUAAAGUAAAAUUUUUAUUUAAUUUUUCUACUACUUUUUUUUUUAUUACUACUCUUACCGUUCAGCUACCACAUUCAUCCAUCCAUCCAACAAUAAGAAAACCCGAAAAAUCCGCAACACUACAAGUUAUCGUCGCACUUUGUUUUUUAAACCCCUCUCUCUACCUGUUCGCCACUCCCCCCAUAAUUUGUGUGUAUACAUUUCGAAAUAAGAGAUUUUUAUUUUUUUUAUUGCUAUCAUGAUAUAAAAAUACUAAAUAUAAAUACACUUAUACACAUACAUAUUAAUAAUAUGGCGUACAACAACAACAACAAACAAGAAUGAAAAGAAAGUUUAUAAAGAGUAAUAAAAUUAAAAGUGAAGAGUUAAAUUUAUGUAAAUAAGUAAAUAUAUUGCAAAACUAUUCAUAAAAAUCUAAUACUGAAAUAUAUUUAAUGAAA